UCGCCUCAGAACUAGAAAGAAUCGCGUCCCAUCGAGUGGCAAACGCAAUGUCGCACUCCGGCAGCCAGAAUCUUGGAUCGGAUGCGGUGGCCAUUGGACCGAAUCCAUGUGGCAAUGGCAAUGCCACUGGCCCCGCUCCACCAGCCAUCGGAUUGUGGAGUGGCAUGGUCACCGUCCUCCUGCAAUCCCUCCUCUCCGCCCAGUGCCUCGUUUCACCUGCCAGCCAGUGGCCACCGGAUUACAGGGGGGAUCUGAGUCAGCCGUAUGAUUUUGUGGUCAUUGGAGCAGGAUCCGCUGGAGCCGUGGUGGCCAGCCGGCUCAGCGAGAAUCCCAAGUGGCGAGUACUCGUCCUGGAGGCGGGCGGAGAUCCACCCGUCGAAUCCGAGUUGCCAUCGUUAUUCUUUGGCCUGCAGCACUCGGAAUUCACGUGGAACUACUUCACAGAGCCCAGUGACAAAUCCUGUCAGGCGAUGAAGGAUGGUCGCUGCUAUUGGCCGCGUGGAAGGAUGUUGGGAGGAUCUGGUGGGGCUAAUGCCAUGUUGUAUAUCCGAGGAAAUCGCAAGGACUUCGAUGGCUGGGCGGCAAUGGGAAACAGGGGCUGGAGUUACGAUGACGUCCUGCCCUAUUUUGAACGAUCCGUGACACCCCAGGGAAAUGCCACCCGUCCCAAGGGCUAUGUGACCAUCGGUCCCUUCGAGCGGCAGGAUGACCCCAUACACCAGUUGAUCAUCGACGGUGCCCGGGAGUUGGGCCAGCCCUAUGUGGAGCGAUUCGAGGAGGGCAGUGAGACGGGCUAUGCCCAUGUGCCGGGAACGGUGAGGUCGGGUCAACGGAUGAGCACGGCCAAGGGUUACUUGGGAUCCGUGCACCGCACCCGACCCAAUCUCCAUGUGGUGAAGAGGGCCAAGGUGACGAAACUGCAUCUGGAUGACGAUAUGGUGACAGCGGUCACCUUUGAAAAGGCCGGACGAAGCCAUCAAGUUGGGGUCACCAGGGAAGUAGUGCUCUCUGCCGGCGCCAUCGAUUCGCCAGCUCUCCUCCUGCGUUCCGGCAUUGGUCCCGCCGAGCAUUUGGAGGAACUGGACAUACCGGUGGAGGUGGAUCUACCGGGAGUGGGGGCCAACCUGCAGGACCAUGUGCUGGUGCCACUCUUUCUGCGACUGGACGAGGGUCAGGCCGAGCCAAUCACCGAGAAGGGCAUGCUGGAUGCCAUAUACGACUACCUCAUCCAUCGUAAAGGACCCUUGGCCACUCACAGCACCGCCUCCUUGGUGUCCUUCAUCAACACCAAUGCGAGCAGCAAAAGUCCCUAUCCCGAUACGGAGAAUCAUCACCUGUUCUUCCAGCGAGGCGAUCACCCAUCGCUGGAGAUCUUCACCAAGGGUCUGUCCUUCCAGGAGCAAUAUGUCCAGCCUCUGCAGGAAUACCUCAGGGACUCCCAUCUGCUCUGUGUGUUCGUUCUACUCUCCCAUCCGUUGGCCAAAGGUGAAUUGCGUUUGAGGAGUCCGGAUCCGAGUGAGCCACCCAUCCUGACCAGUAAUUAUCUAACCGAACCGGAGGAUGUGGCCACCUUGAUGCGGGGCAUUCAGUACAUUGAGUCCCUGGUGCAGACCAAAUCCUUCCGGGAUCAUCAAGCUGAAAUGGCUCACAUUCCCAUUGCGGAGUGCGAUCACCUGGACAGCCAGUAUCCCAGUGAGGAGUACUGGCGAUGCUAUGCCAGGUACUUCACCAUCACCUGCUACCACCAGUCGGGCACCGUGAAAAUGGGUCCCUUCUCUGAUCCCCAGGCCUGUGUGAGUCCCCGCCUGCGGCUCCAUGGAUUGGAUAACCUCCGGGUGGCGGAUGCCAGCAUAAUGCCAGCCGUGGUCAGUUCCAAUACCAAUGCUGCCACGGUGAUGAUCGGCGAAAGGGCAGCCCACUUCAUCCGGGAGGAUAACCAUGGCAGUGUUCUUGGCGGCGACGGAGGUCUCUGGGUGCCGCACAUGCAUGCGGAUGAUUUCUAGUUUUUAAUUAGUUUGCCAAUUCCAAACACAAUCCCCAUCACAAAUGGCAACUUGUCAACAAGCUGUCGAUAUCAAAGUGAAGUGCAUAAAGUAUUACCAUGAGGUUACUUAAGCUUCCUAAACAGCUAACCUUUUUUUUAUGUAUUAAAUAAGAUUUAAAAUGAUGUCGUAUUUUUUUUUUUUUUGAAAACUUGUAAAGAAUUUCGACAAAAUGAAAGUUGUACAUAUUUAAGGUUAUUGUUUUUUUUUCUAUUUCUAAGCCAAAUUUGUUGAAGCCUUACUAAACUAAUACAAUAGUUGGUUAAUAAAAAAAUGGUAUUCAGAACAAAUA